GUACGCAGAAUUUUAUUUUAUACCAUCGUCAUCAUUUAGCUCUACAAAAUGUCUUACAAUCGCUUCAUACUCGUGUCGGAAGAAAGGCACGCGAUCCUGGGCGAACGCUACAGGAACUUUAUCAGUAAAGCUGACGACAUGAACGAGAAACCGAUCACGAUGUUCGAUCCUCUCAGCAAGAAGCAGCUGGAAGAGCUGGAACUGAUCCGAGAAGUCAGCAGGGAUCUAGCGAAGAAGAAGGAUGAAGAUCUGCAGAAGGCUGCUCGUCAAGCCGCAGAGGCUGAAGCAAAAGCCGCUGCAGAAGCUGCCAGCGAAAAAGCUGCUAAAGAUGCCAAAGAAAAUGCCAGUGAGGACGCCGGUGAGAAAGUUAAUGGCACGGAAGAAGUUCCUGUCACAGCCUAAACAUCACUUUAUUUUAUUGUAUUAAUAAAAUAAAUUUUAUUUAUGUAUUGAAUUAUUUUUUAA